AUGCCGGUCCUGAUCUAUAAGAGGGCCCCAUACGGUUCACACCAUUUACCAUUAUAUCGUUUCGACAAUUCUCAGCAGUGUCAUGUGUACAACGAUGAGUGUCAACACACCAAUCACAUGGGAAGAGAGACGAUACGCAACGUGUACAAGAUAAAUGAGUUGAGCAAUCGAAGAAAGUGA